GUCCACAAUUCCAUACAUCCUCCCCGACUAGCCCACCCCCCAAAGCAACCGCGUUUUCCCUUAAACCCCAAACGCGGCCCAUGCUUUCUCCAUUCCCUCCUCCAGUUCCCACUGCAAUUUUUUCAACCACUACUUCUCCCCUCCCCUUAUAAAUAUACUUCUCCUUCCUCCCAACCUCCACUACCACGCUACCCCCCCUCUCUCUCUCUCUCUCUCUCUUCCAUGGCGCCGCAGCAAUCCCCGCCCCAACCCUACCUCAACGGAGCCUUCUACGGCCCCGCUGUUCCCCCACCGCAAAAGUCCCAUCGCCACGCCAGCCGCGGCGGUGGGUGCUGCUGCGGCUGCUGCCUGCUUAACCUCCUCUUCAAACUCCUCAUCACCCUCAUCGUCACCAUCGGCAUCGUUAUCCUCGUCCUCUGGCUCGUCUUCCGCCCCAACAAGGUGAAGUUCCACGUGACCGACGCCUCGCUGUCGCAGUUCAACUUCUCCUCCGCCAACAACAGCCUCCGCUACAACCUCAGCCUCACAACGAUCAUCCGCAACCCCAACAAGCGCAUCGCCAUAUACUAUGACCGAGUCGAGGCCAAUACGUACUACGAGGACCAGAUGUUCGGGGCCUUCACGGCGGCGCCGUUCUACCAAGGCCACAAGAACACCACCACGUUGAACAUGAAUUUCGACGGGCAGACGUCGCUGCCCCUCGGAGCUUCGGAGGUUUCGGAUUUGAAUUCCGAGAAGAGUGAGGGGGUUUACAGCAUUGAUUUGAAGCUGUAUCUUAGGGUGAGGUUCAAGUAUGGACCUUUCAAAAGCCCUAAGCUUAAGCCAAAGAUUAAAUGCGAUUUGAAGAUUCCGAUGAGCGGCACGGGGGCUGCUACUUUCCAGACUACCAAGUGCGACGUUGAUUUCUGAUCAUGAUCGUGGUCAACAUCGUCAUCCCUUGCCAUUACUGUUCUUGGACUUUCUUUGUUCUUUCUUCUUCAUUAUGAUUUAGUUUUUUUUUUUUUCUUUUUUUAUUUAUUAUUCUUUUUACGGAUGAUUUCGUUUCUAUAUAUUUUCACAGAGGGGUUUGUGUGCAUAAAUAAAGAAUUAAUUUGAUUUUUCGAGUUU